GCAAAUGUAGCCACAUAUCAAUAUGAGCAACUUCAGGCAGGUCCUAAAGGAGAUUGGGGAGUUUGGUUUGUUUCAGAAACGGUUAUUGGUUAUAUUAUGCAUUCCCAGCAUAUUUGCUGGUUUUGACAUUAUUGGUCAGGUGUUUGUAGGAAUCAGCUUUCCACAUCACUGUAACACUGACUGGAUCUUGGAGCGCGGGCCAAACUUGACAGAUGAGAGGCAAAGAAAUCUCACCCUCCCGGUGAACCAUGAUGGAAGAUUUGAAAGCUGUAAUAUGUUCACACCUGUGGAUUUGGAUUUGGAAACCAUUGAAGCAUAUGGGAUUAACACUACAACUGGAUGCACAGAUGGAUGGGACUAUGGGACACCCAUAGGUUCUUCCAGCAUUGUGUCAGAGUUUGAUCUGGUUUGUGACAAGAGUGGUUUGAUUGAGGCAUCACAGUCCAUCUACAUGGCAGGUUUUCUGGUUGGAGUGUUGGUGUUUGGGGCAAUUUCUGACAGGUUUGGCCGACGCUUUGCAGUCCUACUCUCCCUCUUUCUCCUUCUACUGUUUGGAGUGGGUUCUGCUUUCUCACCAAACAUCUAUGUUUACAUGGUCCUAAAAUUUGUCUGUGGGUCUUCAGGAGGGGCCAUAAUAAUGAGCACAUCUGUGGUGGGGGUGGAGUGGACUGGCCGCUCCAAGGCUGCUCUUUGUACAAUGGUUAUCAUAUUAUUCUUCCCUGUUGGACUGAUGAUGUUGUCUGGCAUUGCCUAUUUAAUCCAAAACUGGAGGAUCCUGCAGCUGGUGCUCUUCAGCCCUCUUCUCCUUGUCCUGGGCAUCCUUUACUGGUUUCUCCCAGAAUCAGCCCGCUGGCUGAUGACCCAAGGCAGGAAGGAGGAGGCACAAAAGGAGCUCCGCAGGGCUGCAAGGGUGAACGGGAGGAAAGUCCCAGAAGAUCUGCUAGACGAGCUAGAGAUGGAGAGCACACCAGAACGAAGAAACAUGUUGGACAUCUUUCGGAUCUCGUAUUUGAGAAAACGUACUCUCAUAAUGGGCUAUAACUGGUUUGCAACAAGUCUUCUGUAUUAUGGACUGAGCCUAAAUGUUGGCAGUUUUGGCCUGAAUAUCUACCUCACACAGUUCAUCUUUGGAAUUGUCGAAAUUCCUGCAAACCUGAGUGCUUUGGCUCUUAUUCAACACUUUGGAAGAAGAAUGGUUCAAGCAUGCUUCCUGUUCUUUGGGGGUGCUGCUUGCCUCGUGGUCCUUGCUAUCCCGAAUGAUCUUUCUGUGGUGGUAACUACCACAGCUCUAGUGGGGAAAUUUGCUGCUACUGCCUCUUUGAGCACAGCCUACAUCUACACUGCAGAAUUAUACCCAACCAUUUUAAGGCAAAAUGGUGUAGGUCUAAACUCCAUGUGCGCUCGUGUGGCGGGCAUCCUCGCUCCGCUGAUCAGGCUCCUGGACGUCUACCAUUACACCAUCCCCAUGCUGAUAUAUGGCAUCGUCCCCAUUGCUGCUGGGGGUUUCUGUUUGCUACUGCCUGAGACCCUUAAUGUUGAACUUCAGGAGCACACUGAACUCAGAAAAUCAGAGAAGGGGCCUACGGGGAACUAAGUCCACAUUAAAACAUUAAAAACCCCAACACAAUUUGUUGACAUUAGUUUUUAUUGCAUUGUAUUUUAUAAUUGGAUUAUUGUAACAAAUACAUUCACACCCACAAUUUGUCAUGUUUAAAGGCAUAUUAAUUCAAAUUCUUAUCCCAACAUGUAUUUUAAUUACUAUUAUAAUGUCUGAUACAGUCAAAUGUUUUUUAUCUUACACUAGUUAAACAAUGGAUGGAUGGCUACCUUUGGCUAGCCUUUCUUUGUACAUUCCUGUGAAAUUCACUCAUCACAGUAAUGUUGUCUUCAGUAUCAGUUAGCCAUAUGCAGACCACAAUAUCAACAUGGCACACUGACAAGAACAUGACAUCUCUGA